AUGCAUACAAUAAGAAGAGCCGCCAAAUGGAAUGGUGUUGUAUUAAAUGAAUCUCAUUUUAUUCAUAAGAAAUUAGUAAAUGAAUCUUCAAAUUCAUCUCAAAAUUCAUGUGAUGCCAAACAUUACGGACCCAUUGAUAUACUAAAGCAUAAAGUUAUUCGAAGAUGGUCUUUAAAUCUAUUUAUUAUUUGGAUAAUUGAUUCAUUGAUAUUUUAUGGCUUAUCAUUUCAAGCGUCAAACAUGGGUUCAAACACUUAUCUAACUCUGGCGGCCAUCGCCGCGGCCGACAUCCCGGCCAAUGUGAUCGUCACUCUAUUAAUGCAGUUUUUUGGUCGCAAAACAAUUUUAUUUGGUUUCUCACUAAUGGCUGGCCUGUCGUGUCUGAGCACUGUAUUCAUACCUAAAUCAAGCUUUUUGUUCACAGUUGUGGCCAUAUUUGGCAAAAGCAAUAUCUCCGCCUCCUAUACACUAAUGUAUAUCUAUUCGGCGGAGAUAUUCCCGACUGUAGUCCGAAGUACUGGAAUCGGUUUGUGUCAAAUGUUUUCCAGAAUCGGUGGUAUUAUUGCACCACAUCUUAUAGAACUGUAUUUGUAUUAUGCGGUCGUUUCCAAUCAAACCGAACACUUGAAGAUCAAUGAAUUUACGGUUGUCUCCGGUAUACUCAAUGGUUGACCGCUAAUAGAGAAAAGGCAAGUCUAUAUAUACCGACUGCUGGUCUUGCCUACUCAGGGUCCGGGCGUUAGCUCACAAAAAGCGGUGUAUUAUACACUAUCAGUGUAUGGAAAGUGUGGCACAACAUGUAGUUUAGAGUCGGCCACCGCUAAACUCAACCCACCCCUCACUAACACACCGUAUAAGACUAAAUCACCCUGA